AUGGCGGGCAAGCUCACCUCUGCAAGCCCUGCUGGGAAGCAACAGCCAACGGGAUUUAGUCCCACCUUUUUGCUGUGUCUCCAAGCACUCCUGGCGGGUCUGCUGGCCUAUCUCGUUCUCCUCGCCGCCCAUACCAAGUACCCAGGAGAGGCCCCAGUAUGGAUCAUUAGCAAGUUCUCGCUUGUCGUUUGCUUUCUGGUACUUCUUGCUCUGCAAGCAUUGGCGUGA